CAGAGGUGAGGAGCCUUUCUGGCAUCCGCCUGUCCUGUGCUGCAGCCAUGCUGGCCCCAGCGCUGUACGCCGGCCUCUGUGCAGCAGCCCUGCAGCUGGUGAGCGGCAGCAAGACCUUCCAGAGGGUGGAGGAGGAGCUGAGCUGGCUGGACGCCCUGCGGCACUGCCGCAGGCACUACACGGACCUGGCCGACCUGCAGAGCCUGAACAGCAGGAGCAGCGUGAUGACCCUCUACACCCUCACCAGCGGCACCCAGGCGUGGAUCGGCCUCUUCUUCGACGUGCGCCUUGGCAGCCUGAGCUGGUCCAGCGGUUCCACCUUCACCGCCCCUGUGUGGAGCUUGCUGCCUGUCUUCAAGGAGGGCAUCUGUGCCACGCUGUACUCCAUAUCCAUUGUCCCCAGCCUGGGGGCCGCCUUGUGUUCAGCUCAGAAGCCCUUCAUCUGCUACUACGACCCUGACAAGGGCCACAGCAGCCUCGUGGAGCCCGCUCUCAGCCUGACCACCUCUGCAGAGACAGAGGUGGUCCAGAUCGGCAGCCGGACCUUCAGGCGGUUCAACCAAGGAGCGACGUGGCUGGCGGCCCUGCAGCGCUGCCGUGCCGAUCAGACGGACCUGGCCGACCUGCAGACGGUGACCGAUGAGGCUGCCAAGGAGGCCCUGAGGUCCGUCACCAGCGAGACAGAGGCCUGGAUCGGCCUCUACUUCAACGCGGCCUCCGGGUCUCUGAGCUGGUCCAGCGGCCUGGGCGCCAGCAUCCCCGAAUGGCUGCAGGUGCCCAAAUUCGGGACAGGACUGUGUGCGGGGCUCCGCACCUACUACAACUAUGCCCCCAGAAUUUCCUCAGUGGCCUGCUCUUCCCUGCGGCCGUUCAUCUGCUUCUACGACCCUGCCAUUGGGCACCAGGAGUCAGCAGCGCUCCCCCAGCUUGACUACGUCCCCACCUCGAAAGUGACCAUGGGGAUGACGUCCAGGCCAGCCGUGCCCAGCGAAGGAGGUGGCGCUGGGAUAAGAGACACAGCUACUGCCCCUCAGGCCCAACAUGUGAGCACAUCUAACCACCCAAAGUCACAAGAAAAAACUCCAGCACCAGAAUCAGGGCAGAUCUUUGGAAUCCUGAAGGCAGAUUUCACCAUUCCAGCUCGGAUGGACCCAGAAGACAUGAAAGACCAAGUUUUGAGUGAGAUGCAGGAAGUCUUGGAGCUAACGCUAGGUCACAAGCAGUUCAGACUGACGUGGGUCAGCCACGAAGUAAAGAAAAAAUAG